AUGACCCAAAGCAACGACAAAUUUAAUAUUGUUCAUGAAAAGGAUCUAUUAUUACAGGAUGAUCAAAAUGCGAGAGUGGAAGUGAUAUCACCAGCACAGAUACGUGCUACAGAAUCAGCAGAUACUGGCAAUAAAAAGCCUAAGUGUCAUGGAAAUAAGAAAUUACAACGUUUCAAACGAAAAUGGAGAGCACGUGGUUUGAAUGAAGAAGAAAUUAUGACAUUGAUUAAUACAAAAAGUCAUAAUAUAUCUGAACAAUCAUUGAAUGAAUCGAUGAUGAAUGGCCAAAUAGAAAUAUUAAACAAACGAAAAAGAAGCUCAUCAAAACAAAAUUUAACAAAUAAAUCUAUGAUAUCAAUGAGCCAGUCAUCUAUAUCAGAAGGAGUUUUAAAAAAGAUGAAGAAUUCUCAGAUUGAAAUGAAAUCGUCUAUUGAUAAUAAUAGCGAUCGGUUGAAUGAAAAUGAUGAUAUUUGUUUUUAUAAGCCAUCACGAUACUUGAAGAUGUCACGAAAAUUACUUUUGCAUUCAUUACGCCUUCAAUUAAAUUGCUCUAUAAAGAGGAAAAACGAACAGCGAUUUACACUAUCACGACUUGUAGUAUUUGACAAACUCUUUUGUCUCAAUCAAAUUCAUUAUUUAUAUCAAAAUUAUUUGGAUUUGGGUGUACAAUAUCAGAUCUGGCCAGAUGAUCUAGUUCAAAUAAUGGAAUCAAAUGAAAGUGAUAACAUUCAAAAAUCUCUAGAAGAAUAUUUGAUAUUAUUAAAGAAUAGAAUCAAUCAGCAUGAAAACGAAUUAAUGAUACAGUCAUCAUCUUGUCCAACUGCAUUACAUUCUCUAGACAUGAUAGAUCAGAGAUUGAAAGACUUUGUUCGUUUACAUCAUAUUGAUUUAGUGAGAACAGUCAACUAUCAAAAAAAUAAGUUAAAAGACAUUAUCUAUGAAAAACGAUUAUUAAACCAAUUAUCUUCUUAUCACUUAACUGAAGUACAAUAUCAAGCGAUUGAUGAAAUGAGUACAAUCCGUAAGAAACAACUGAAAAUAUUCGAAGAUUUGACUAUAUUUGAACAACAAAUCUUAUGUCAUACAUUGCCAAAAGCAUUCGAUGAUAUUCCAAUAGCUAAAUAUCAAAAUUUAUUUGGAAAUGAAGCUAAUAAAAUUAUGCAAGAAUUAAAACGUCGAAAACUUAAUGAUCACUUGAAAAAAUAUGAAUUGAAACUGAAACAUUAUGAAAAUUUGUAUCAAACGGAAAUCGAUAUGUUUGAGUCUAAACUUAUACAAAUAAGUUCAGAUCAUGAAGAUACUCAAUCAAAUAUUUUGAUGACCUUAUUGAAAUGCUAUUUGAGUCAUCACACCAAUCGAUUAAUACGUCAAAUUCGUUACAAAGAAUCGUGUGUUCAUGUAACAUUAGUACGUCAGCAUCGUCGUCAUUUAUUAUCGAAACAACAAAUAGUCGAUGUUUAUCCACAAAUUAUUAUCGACGUUCCUAAAGUAUCAUUGAAUAGACUUCAAUUAGAUUAUCUUUCUCAAAGUGGACCUAAUUAUAUCAGAUCAAAUCAAAGUUUUCUUCAUUCUUAUAAAUAUCAAGAAAAACAUGUACAACAAGAACAUAAGAACAUUAUGAACGUGGUAACCCGUUAUCUUAUCCGUGACCAUCAUAUUCCACUAACAGCAACAAUUAUCAGAGAAUUUUCUCAACAAUUGCAAACAAAUCUACAUCAACAAUAUAUGACUCCAUUAUCUUAUCUCAAUAUCUACCAAGCACGAAAAGAAUUUAAACUAAUGAAAUCAAUUCAAUAUAGACUAAAGAAAGGAAACUAUAUUCUUCGCGAGACAGAUAAAAGUGGAAUUUUUCAUAUUGGUAAUUCAGAUGAUUAUGAAAAGAAAGCAGAAGCUUAUCGGAAAAAAACUGGUGCUUAUAUUGAAUUAGAUUCUAAUCCGUUAUGGAGUGUAUUUGAUAAAGUUAUUAUUUUACUCAAUGAUCUUCGCUCAAAAAAAUAUAUUCUAUCGUGGCAACUAGAUAAAAUGAUACCAAAACGAGAAAAAGUUCAGUUAGCUUAUUUAUAUUUUAUUCCUAAACCUCACAAGAUAGGAACACCAUUGCGGCCUAUUGUAUCUUCCAUGAAUAUGCCAACGACAGGAAUUUCCAAGUUUCUGGAUAAAUUAAUCCGUCCAAUUUUUGAUAAACAUGCACGUUCGACCACAAUUAUUGAUGGAGUUGAUUUGAUUCAUCGUUUAGAAGCAUAUACAACAAAUGGGUAUCUGAAAUCGAAAACUUAUUUGUGCACAUUUGAUAUUACAGAUUUAUAUACAAUGUUACCACAAGAAGAAUCACUUGAUAUUCUAAUUGAAUUUCUCGUUCAACAUGGCUAUCAAAAAGUUCAAAAUAUUCCGAUCGAUAUUAUUCGAAAGUUAGCUCUUAUUGUCAUUAAAGAAAAUGUUUUUGCUUAUGAGAAGAAAUUCUAUCGACAAGUCAUUGGUGGUGCAAUGGGUUCAGCAUUUACUUUGACUCUAGCUAAUAUUUUCAUGUGGAAAUGGGAGAAACAACUUGUUAACCGACUGAAUAUAUCCAAUGAGAUAUAUGGCCGAUAUGUUGACGAUAUUUUCUUUACUUCGAACGAAUCAAUCGAAUCUAUCGAUCAAAUGUUAGAUCAAGCGAACAAUUUUCAUCCAAAUAUUAAACUAGUGCGACAAAUCGGUAGAAGCAUUCCAUUUCUUGAUGUAUUCAUUGAGAACAAUAACGGAACUUUACAAACUUCAGUGUAUCAUAAAGAAGCAGCUGAGCCAUAUGUCGUACCAUUUGGAUCAGAUCAUCCUACUCAUGUUUUUCGAAACACUGUUGAUACUGCUAUUACAAGAGCUAUUCGUUAUUCAACAAGCUUAUCUCAAUUCGAAGAAGAAAUACGGCAAAUGAAACUCAUGUUUCUUUAUAAUAGGUACCCGCCGAAACAUAUCGAUUGGCGACUGACCAUAUUAUUCAGUAAAUAUUUAUCGAAGCAUUUCAUUUUGCCUAUGCUCAAUAACUCUGACGACUUCGGUUACUUACGUCAUCAAUUAUUGACAACAUCAACAGAUACAGCACACAAUAUAAAAAUGAAAAGGUCAACUACCCAUCUACCUGAGGACAAAAAAUUGCAAAAUCAGGUUAUUAAAACAAUAGAUAACAACGAAUUAACAACAAGAAAACGUCUCAUCAUUCAUCGAAGACAUGAAAAAAGACUCGCGAACAAUCACCGUCGUAUUCAUGAACUAUGGAACAGUGUUUUUCAUGGAACAGAAGUUAUCAAUACUGCUCUUAUGGUAGGAACUUAUCUAAAUCAAAACAUAAAACGUGAAUUGAUGGCCAACGCGAUCAAACAUAUUCCACUUGCAAGCGGCAACCCAGAAAACAACACGCAACAUGAGGCUGGUGAACAACCAGAAAACAAUCAAGCAAAUCUAACCAGCCAAUGA